UCGAUGCUGGCCACCAAUUCAGCACGGAGAGUGAAAGCAAGAGAGAGGGGGAACGAAAGAGAGAGAGAGAAAGAGAGUUUAAACAGAAAGGAAAAAAAACUGCUUUCUCUUUUACUCGCAACGACCUUUCAAAAAAAAAAGAAAAAAACAUAUUUUUUCUGUUAGACUCCCCCCCUCCUCCUUUCAUUUUGCUAUCUUCUAUUUUUAUAUCGAUUAUCAAUAUUUCUAAUGCAUACCAAGAUGUUUUCCUUUAAUUUUUAUUCCAUGCACCAUCAUUUUUCCAGAUGACUUUUUAGUAGUCUCUCUUGCUUUCUGUUUACCUGGAAUUUUUAUGUUUACCUUUUUUAAAAAUUUUUUUAAUUAAUUUUUUCUUUUUUUUUUUUUAGGCCUUUGAUGUUAAAAACUUAGUGUCUGGGAAAUAUUAUUGCAUUUUUUCAUAAUUUAGAUUUGUACUGUACUGCUUCCAAAUUUUGACAAUAAGGAAUAAUUUUUUUUCUUUUAAUAUUUUUCAUAGGUUGCAUUUUUUUGCAUAUUGUCCCCUAUUUUAUGAUCCACUUUACUUUUUCUCUGUUUCAUUGUUUAUAUUCCUACACUCACCUAUCCACUCCAUGCUCUCUGCUUCUCUCUCAUUCUUAUACUGAUAAGCUCCGACAUUGGAUGGUUUAACAUUUCUGCAGAAGUUCGAUAUGACACCAAGAGAUGGAUGAAUUUCACCCCUUCAUCGAAGCUCUUCUUCCCCAUGUGCGCGCAUUCUCAUACACAUGGUUCAAUCUCCAAGCAAGGAAACGCAAAUACUUUAAGAAGCAUGAGAAACGGAUGUCAAAGGAUGAAGAGAGGGCGGUGAAGGACGAAUUACUAGGGGAGAAGCCUGAGAUCAAGCAGAAGUGGGCGUCACGGCUCUUGGCCAAGCUGAGGAAAGACAUCCGGCCAGAGUUCCGAGAGGACUUUGUCCUGACCAUCACCGGGAAGAAGGCUCCAUGUUGUGUCCUCUCUAACCCAGAUCAGAAGGGCAAAAUUCGGAGGAUUGACUGCCUUCGCCAGGCAGAUAAGGUGUGGAGGUUGGACCUGGUGAUGGUCAUCCUGUUUAAGGGGAUUCCGCUGGAGAGCACAGAUGGGGAACGUCUCUAUAAGUCACCCCAGUGCUCCAACCCAGGGUUGUGCGUUCAGCCACAUCACAUUGGAGUGUCCAUCAAAGAACUGGACCUCUACCUGGCCUUCUUCGUCCACACGCCUGAUUCUGGGCAGUCAGAUAACACAAACCAGCAGACAGAGGUGGACAUAAAGCCUCCUCCAAAUGGACAUCUCACUUUCCAGGACUGUUUUGUCACUUCGGGGGUGUGGAAUGUCACAGAGCUUGUCCGUGUGUCCCAGACACCUGUUGCAACGGCAUCCGGUCCUAACUUCUCACUGGCUGAUCUGGAGAGCCCAAGCUAUUACAACAUAAACCAGGUGACACUUGGGCGACGAUCCUUAGCAUCGCCUCCAUCCAGCAGUACUACAAAGCGCCCAAAAUCCUUGGACGACAGUGAGUUAGAGAGCCCGGUGGAUGAUGUGUUUUACCCGGGCACAGGCAGAUCCCCUGCAGCUGGGGGCAGCCAAGCCAGUGUAUGGCAGAAUGAUGUGGACACAGGCCCUGGAUCUCUUAAGAAGUCAGGCAAGCUAGAAUAUUGCCAGACCAGCUCUUCUCGCAUGGCAUUCACCCAUCAUCCCCUCCCUGUGCUGGCUGGAGUGAGACCAGGGAGCCCUCGGGCAUCAGCAUCUACUAUACAUUUCCCUUCAACGUCCAUUAUCCAGCAGUCCAGCCCUUACUUUACCCACCCAACAAUACGCUACCAUCAUCAUCACCAUAGCCAGGACUCCCUCAAAGAGUUUGUCCAGUUUGUCUGUUCAGACACCUCUGGGCAGGGAGCAGGGCAGCCCAGCAGCGGGGCCCAGGGGAAAAUGUCGGGUUCCUUUUUGCUGCCACCCCCCGCACCUGUGGCCAGGCCUGUCCCCCUUUCCCUGCCAGACACAAAACCUGUCACCAGCAACAACAUUGUCCCAGAAGGAGGACUGUCAGCACCAGCAUCACCCUCAUUCUCAGCGCCUUCCCCCGCCGGGUCCAACAGGUUUGUCACAAUUGGAUCACGAGACAGCAACUUUCUGAACCUCCCCCAGCAGUCUCAAUCGUGGUUCCUUUAAUAUUACCGCUAAGCUGCAAAUCUACGAGCGGAUGGAACAAAGAUUUGUGACACGGACCCCUACCCUCUAUAUACACUUGACUACAGGAGGUCUUCCCAAGAGCAAGCACGGAACACUAGGACCUUCUUCACAAUGCGUACGACAGAAAACCUAAAAAAAAAUAUUAAAAAAAUUACACAAAAAUUACAAAAAAAAAAAAAGGCUUUUUUUUGGGAGGGGGGCAGAAUUUUUAAAUGUCUGCGCUGCUUAACACCCUCUGGUAGUGAAGGGAAAAUGCCACUCCCUUAUCACCCCUUUUUCUCAUCCUUGCUAAUUUUGUCUUGUCAAUGCUUUUCCACUUGUCGUAUCCUGUUCUCACCUCUUCAGGUUUCACUUUUUUCAAAAAGGUGUCUGGGUGUCCGUAUCGCCUCUGUGGGUAAAAUAUUCAGGAGGGGUUUAGGACCUCAAGUCUCUUCCUCUAGUGGCAUGAUCUAUUUGUACAUAUGGAGGAGACUUUUUAUCAAUAGAGUCUGUGCCUCAUGAUAUUGGGGCCAUGUGACCAUUAAGAGGUAUUUCAUAUCACCGAUUUGUCGCCCUUGUUUCCUGAUCAAUCGGGUGGGAAUAGUAAUGGUUUCAUAACGCAGAAAAGAAAAAUCCAAUACAUCUUUACAGUUCUUAUUUUUGAUUGCUUUUAUUUCAUUAAAAAAAAUCUAAAAUUUUUAGUAGCAUCUGUGUUCUAAAAAAAAAAAAAAAAAAAAAAGCUCAAAGGAGCAACGUGGGCAUAAUGGCAAGGGACAAUGACACAACUUCAAACACUUAAGUGCAAUGAUUUUAAAUUAGUUUUUAGUAUUUUUUUGCUUUUAAAGUUACUAUUUAAUAGCAUGAAUACAUUUCUUUUUUUGUAAGAUUUUUUUUUUUUUUCUCUUUUGUUUUUCAGAAAGUCCCUUAUUUUCCCGACGGACUCUAAAAAUAAAUAAAUUGGGAAAUCUGUCUGCCUUCAGACAUUAACAUUUUUUGGAAUUUUUUUCUUGCACUAAAUAUAAUGAAAUCUUGUUAUUAUCGUUUCUGUGUUUGCAUCUGUUUGACCCGUUGCACUAUUUUUUAACAAGUUCUUUGUAAAAAGAAUUUUUAAAAAGUCAAAACGUGAAAUGUUUAAUAAAAAAGAAAGAAAAUGCAGCAGAGUAUUGAUUAUAUCAAAACUGUAAUUAUGUGAUAUCUUUUUGAUGGAAAUAUCCAAUGUAUUAUUGCAAAUCUGCAAAACCAGAUUUAAUAGGAUUCUGGUAAAACAGUUUGUUCAAAAUGUAACUAUGAAGGUGAAAUUUGGCAUUUCAGCAAUUCAAAAUUAGUCCUAAAAUUUGAACUGACUUAGGUCAGUGGAUUGAAAGAAUUUUCAAAAAACUUUAUAAAUAGAGAUGAAUUGAAAUAAAUAUUGCUAAUUAUUUAAAAUUUCUAAUGCCAUAGUGUUAAUUUCUAGAUUCUACAACCCCAGUAAUGUAGAGUGUUUGCCAAAUUUUAACUUCUCAUAGAUAAGGUGAUAUUUCUGUUUCCACUUGUUUGUCAGUAAUCCUUUUACAUGAUUUAUUUUGAGAACUGCUGGACGAAUACAAUUUUUCUGCUGCUGGUUAACAACUAUAUUUAAUGAGUGGAUGUAAGAUUUUGGAAUUUUUUAACCCCCUUUAGGUGCUUUUGCUUUUAUUUAAAAACCACAUCUGAAAAACCAACAUUAAAGCAUGAUGCACUUUUUUGAUUUUGUUUUAGUGUUCCCACUUUUUAUAGGAAUUGUUUUAGGGUGUGAUUGUAGGGUGGGGUGUUAAGGGAUGUAGAAAGCUGUUCAGUGGCCGCUUGUGGAAAAAGUGAUCAUUUUACUCUGCUUCUGUAUAUUUUCAGACGAUUGGAACUUCAAGCAGGAUUUAGUGUACAGUAGGGAGUGCCUUAAAUGUUUAAUUUGCUUCAAACUGGACGCAACAAAAGGGAUUCAUCCUAACUGGAAAUCAUCCCUAAAAUCUCCCAGCAAGAGGGUAUCAUGAAUGACUAAUACCAGCCUGCAUAGUGCCUUUCUAUAAUUCUGUAGUGGUGAAGUAACGAGGAGCUGGGAUUUCGAAAAAAAGGAAUUCGAAUGUGGAUGUUGCCCCCCCUUUCCCAAAAGAGAUAGAUAAAUAAAUAAAUAAAUAUAAAAAAAUAAAGGUCUAUGAAGAAAAAUUUAGUUGUAAGCCAACUGAUAUUACACAAUAAAAUGAUUGUGGAUUAGAACCUCCUUAUUCAGUUUUCCAGAAAUUAAAUUCCUUUUAUGAUCCUAUAAAGCAAUACUGUUCACUUAACAUGCACUUGUCCUACAACAAUAAGAUUAUAUAUGACUGAGGAGCAAUGUGUAAUGUACAGGGAUCAUUACUCCAAAUAAUAUGUAUGUCUAAGGCAUUUCAGCUUCAUGCUUGCUUGUAUACCUAGUAGAGGAAGAGUUUUUCCAUCACAAGUCAACAAUUCUAUUGCAUCUAGACAAAACGAAAUAUAGUCUUAGAGGUUGAUGUAGAUAACUUCUUGAAAUGCCUUAUGCCUUGAAAUGCUGUAUACGAGCACAGUCUGCUCUUCAGGUGAUACAAGUAGUUCUAAAAAUAUUUUUUAAAUCAAGAAAUGCCAGAAAAUGAAAGCGAUUUACAAAUUUCUUUAAUUUUAAGAGAAAAUGAUUUCCAA